AUGUGCAACGGAUUCAAGUCCUUGCCAGAAUGCCCUGAGUGUCCGACUACCACAACACUAUUGCUCCAGAGAAAUGAAGAGCUGGACACAAUUGAUGAUUCUUUUUUUGCUUCCAUGGUGCAGCUCAGAGUUCUUGAUCUCCAUCACACCAAAAUAGAAUCACUACCAUCAUCUAUCACCAAGUUAGUUGAACUGAAAUCCUUGUAUCUCAAUGAGUGCCGGGAUUUGGUUUCACUACCCGAACAUCUUGGAAAACUUACCAAUCUCGAGAUUCUUGACAUCCGAGACACAGGCCUGCAGAGCUUGCCAACUGAAGUUGCACAGUUAGUAAGCCUGAGGUGCCUGAGAGUUUCCUUUGUUUACGAUCCUCUCAUAGCAAGGUCUAAUGGGGAUCAUAACAAAGAGGAUAAUCAGCCACGACGGAUUAUUCCCCAUAAUGUGAUUGGCCUACUUUGUCAUCUUGAAGAAUUGACCAUCAUUGUCGAUCCUAGAGAACAAAGCUGGAAUGACAUUGUCACAAGUGUUGCCAAAGAGAUAACAAACUUAGAAAGUCUGACUACACUUUUCAUCUACUUCCCAAAAGUAGAAUUCCUCACUACUUUCAUAGACGAAAGUUGCUCCAGGAGAUAUUGGCAAGAUAACGGUUUAAGAGCAUUCAGAAUCAUAGUUGGCUCAAAUGGGGAAAACCAUAACAAGGGGUUACAUAGUUCUAGAGGACCAGCUGAACGGCACCUGAGAUUUUCUGCAGGUGAAAAUGUCUGUUGUGAAGCAAUUCAAAAGGUUCUCAGAAGGUCCAGUGCUUUUGAAUUGAUUGGCAACCAAGACACUAAAAGUUUAUCAGACAUUGGAAUUGACUGUAUGAGGUCGUUGGCAGUUUGUGUAGUAGAAGGCUGUGAUCAGAUCAGCUCCAUCAUCAGCUGUGGCUCUGAUGCUGCUAGGAUUGUAUUUCCAUUCCUUGAGAAGCUACAUCUGGUUAACCUCAAGAGUUUGUGCUGCAUAUUGGAUGGUUCUGUCGGUACCCAAAGCUUCUCCAAAUUGACAAGCAUAAUAGUUCUUGAAUGUCACAAGUUCAAGAAGCUUAUUUCACUUGGAAUGGUUAAAAAUUUGGAGAAUCUCAAGCAUCUGAAGAUUCAAGAUUGUUUGGGGAUUGAAGAGGUGAUAGAAACCGGGGAGAUACAGCCGCCCAAUGGAGGAUUGCCCAACCUUACUGGCUUCCUGCCAAAAUUGGAGAUUCUGGAGCUCGUGAAUCUUCCACUUCUGGUAAGCAUAUGUAAGAAUGACUCACUAGAUUGGCGUUCCUUACAGAAAAUAGAGAUCAUUGAUUGCUCCAAGCUAAAUACUUGGUCAAGAGGGAUGUACAAUGCAAAGCAUUUAAGAAAGAUUGAAUGCCAAGAACGCUGGUGGGGUCGGUUACCUGAUGAAGUUAAAGGGCAGCUAAAGAAGAGGUGUUAUUUCAUCUGGGAAGAAGCACCUUCUGUUUAUUACACACCAAGGGAGGAUGGAAGUCAUCAGCCUCCUGACUUGCGAAACCUGUCUGACAGAUUGGAGCAACACCGGAUGCGCCAUGAAGAUUCAAUCUCCCAAGGAAGCUCAUCAAGGAGGUAUAGUCCUUGA